UGAAAUUUAAAGUUAAUUUUUUGGUCAUAAAUAAACUUAACCUAAGCAAAGAAAAUUAAGAGAAAAUGAGUUUUCUCAAGUUCGUGCCUAAAAGGUAUUUAAGUAACGAUGCUAUCAAACCUAUGCUUACAAAUAGGAAUCCAAGAAAUUUGGAGCGUAUGAGAAUAGGUUACAAACCAGAUGGUUACCAUUUAGAAAACGAUGUUAGAAAUUAUUGGCACAAAUUAAAUUUGGAUGUCUCAGCUAGAUAUGUUAGUGCUUCAGUGCACCAUUUCAAAAAUGGGGAAGUGUUGAGUGCCAGCACAAAAGAAUGGGCCAUCAAAAAACAACUGUAUAGGAAUAACGAUGCUGCUGCCUUCAAGAACUUAGGCAGAGUUUUAGCACAAAGGUGUAUGGAGACUGGAUUAACUGAAUUGCAUUCAGAUAUUGAAACAAAAAAUCCUGAUGGAAAAGUAGCCUUAUUUCUGAAUGCACUCCAAGAGAGUGGAAUUACAUUGAAAGAGCCAAUACAGUACAAAAAACCAAGGGCAUGGGAUCAGGAAAGGCCAGAGAAAUCAUGGGAAAUUCAAUAAAUAAAGCAACUAAAGUUGUAUAGUUGUUUCUUUUUAAUUUAUAAAUAAAAAUUCUUGUCUACA